AUGACCUCGGACAAAGUGAAUAUUGUGUCGACAAACAUCUACACCAUGAAGCGGGAUACGAAUCUUUUAGUACGGACCAUCACCAUUGCCCUCGUCGGGCCCACAGCAGUGGUACUUGCGGCGUACAGCAAAUACACAUGCGCCCUGCUUGUUUGGUUUUUCUUCUUUUUUGGAAUGCUGGAGUGGUCAGGAAUAAUGCGACAUAUCAAGGUGGCACUUUUGCAAGACUCGGAGCAUAGAAGAAAUGAAGUCGCAGAUGAGGCUCUUCCAAAGGAGUAUGCCGCGCCAGUGACCCCGCAUACCGCCGUAGUCAUCGUCAAAACUUUUGUUUCAUCUCUUAUUGCAUUUGCGGCCUGUAUGGGGGUGGAUGUUUUCCUGCUCUUCGGGACCUUUUACUUCCUUGGCUGGACCCUUUUCACGUUGUGGGGCCAAAACGGCCUAGAAAAGGGAUCAUUCCUUGGUAGACGAAGGAUGAAUAACGUAGUGGCUCAAGUCAAGCUCGUCAAGCAAUUUCUCCUGUCUUUGAACAAGUCGGGAUCCACAAUUUCCCCACUGUUUCUUAAAGAAGAACUCCGUCUGAUGGCUGAUAAACAACCAUCAGAGACGUCACUUAAUUUCUGCCUGGAAUAUUUUGGGUUUGUUUGGAUUGCCGGAGUGACAUAUCCCAUACUUGCGUACGACAUGGACGAUUCAGGGAGGCCGUGGAUCUUGGCCUCGCUUGUGAGCAACUUCGCUGUUGACAUCGUGGCAAUGUUGGUGGGACGUGCGAUGAAGGGCAUGACGCACCCGUUGCAGGAAACCAUUAGCCCUAAAAAGUCGAUUGAGGGGGCUGUCCUGGGGGUUAUCUCAGGCGCUGUGAUAUUCGUUUUGAUCCUACGCUCUGCCUGCGGUGGCUGCGUCCUCGCUCAGAGUUGGGGGUCAGCUCUCCUCUACUUUGUUGUCGGCGUGCUGCUGGGCAUGAUGGGAGUCGUCGGUGAUCUCCUGCAGUCCCUGCUGAAGCGAACGGCGCGGGUAAAAGAUUCGGGGUACCUAAUGCCGGGUCACGGCGGUGUGCUUGAUCGCAUUGAUGGGCUCCUUGUCGUGUUUCCUACGAUGUACUGCUGCAUGCGUGUUAUCCAGCUGCUCUCCUGA